AAACGUUAAAAAACUAAGGCCAUAGAUAUUUAAAGCACAGUUUUUACUGGAAUUUGAGCAUGAUGUGGUAUGCUGGUACAGGUGGAAGUGGUGGUACUGGUAGAGGUGGAGGGAACUGGUGUGGUUUUGAUCCGACACUUUUUUAUCAAAUAGUCAAGAUGUUGCUUUUAAAACUUUUCAUGUUGUUGUGCUUUUGCUAUACCAUUUACUAUGGGUACUUGUGUACAGGAUUGUUAAUAGCUGCUUUGGUGCUACAGCAAGAAAUACAACUUCUGAAUAUACUGGCCACUAUGCAAAACUGUAACCAGUUGACCUCAGGGAGGAAUGCUGUUCGAGAAUCGUGUGCUGUACCACAAAGAGAAAGUAAUCAACAGGUGGAUCUUAACACAAUUUACCCACUAGUAAGAAGUGGCCAUACCAUUCCUUUCUAUGAUGACCCUGUUCAAGAGUCAUGUGCAGUGCAACAACCGGUGAAUAGUGGAGUGUGUGAUCCUGUAGCUGGUGCUUCCAACAGGGCUGGUUUUGCUGCUGGUGAUGGUGCUGCUACCGAUGGCGCUGUUAGUGGUGCUACCAGUGGUGUUGGUACUUGGGUUAAUUGCAUGGAUAAAGUGAAAGUCAAAGUGAAGUAUGAUUGGCUAUGGUUUGAGGUCCUGGUGCAUCCAGAUUCCACCAUAGGUGAUUUAGUUCAGAGGUUUUCAACAAUACGAGCAAUUGAGGUUCGUGACAGAUCUUGGAAUGUUUUGAAACAUGACCAGGCUAUUGGAGCAAUUAAGUUGCUGUACUUUAUGCCUGACUAAUUACGACCACUAGAUACAUACAUUAUUUUUUUAUUUCAUGGAUAAAUGCUUCUAAUUAAUAAUUUUAAAUAGUCAGUUAAGACUUCUUUAGUCAAGUUGUUACCUUUGUGGGACAUAAAUAACAAAACAUAGCAAAUGUUUUUACUUCCAGCCUCAUGAAACAAAAAUGCUUCAUUUUAUUAAUAUUCUAUACAAAUAAUAAUUCCCAACUUCCAUAAUUAAAGAACAUGUUGCCUAAUAAGAGAUGCUUUAACAUGUUUUUAAGAGUGUAGAACAAAUCAGAUUCGUCCAUAACUUUUAUUUUAAAUUGUUUUUUUUUAAGCCUGGACUUCCUUUCCCUCCCCAUUUCACUGCUCCCUCCAAAAUAUUACGUUCUCAAGUAUUCAUGAGGUCACUAUUAUUUCCAAUACAUUAUGUUAAUAAUCAACUGAAUGAUGCAUGAUUAUUACAGUAUACAGUAUUACUGUACACAGAGUACAUUUACAGUAUUUGUUGAAAAAAACAUUAAUUAAUACAGUAAUGCUUACCAAUACUAUUUGAUGUUAUGUUUUAAAAAACAUCUGAUGUGUGUUAUGAUCAAAUUAUAUGUGCUAAUUUAUUUUUGGGUAAUUAUGAAUUUUUUUUGCAUUGAUUGCUGCCACUGUAAAAUAUCAAAAUUUGAUGCAAUGUUGAUGAAUUAAUCUUUUGAUUACAGUAGAUCAAAUUGUAGAUUGAAUUUUUUCAUUAAAUGAUUACUUUGCAUGUUAUGAUUGUAUGCAAAUAUUUCUUGCAAUGAAAGUGGUCAUGCUAACUUGUAAGACUUUACAUCAAAUACUAUAUUUUUAUACAUGUUAUCUUUUACAUUUAUCACAAUACAAAGCAUAUUAGACACCUUAAAGCACAAUGUAGCAAAAGUGUUGAAAAAUGGAUGUGUGUAGCUCGUCUACCCUCGUUAUUCCAGGCAGAUGCUAAUCAUUUGUAAAAAAGAAUAUUUAAACUAAGCAUAAUGCCGUACAUAUACAGUAAGUCUUGAAGCACAAACUGGUAACAUCAAGCUUUCACCAUAAAAUGUCAAUACAAAAUCAAAUCAAAAAUUCAAUUCAGCCCUCCAUCCCAUUUCUAUGCCCACCCCUGCCCUAAGUAGAGUAUACUGUGGUUAAAAAAUUAUGAGUUAAAAAAAAAAAUAACAGGAAAAACAACAACUGGUAGCAUUUCUCUUGUUGGCUAGAUCUGAGAAGAGGGAUCAGACAAGAAUGAAAAUCUGGCCCACUUUGGGACAAUUGGGGAAAUACAGCCAUGUCAAUAAAAAUGUUGGUUUACAAAACCCACUAUUAAUUUCCAUAUUUGGAAAAAAUAAACUUUGACCUUGAUAUUGACAACUCUACACAUGAUAAUGUACAUACAGUACCAUACAGUAAUUAAUUUCAAGUUUUAAAGAAAGAAAGGGGGGGGGGGGGUUGCUGUUGAACUUUAUAAGAUGCAGGUGUCAUGAUCUUUUUACAGUACAUACCACUGGCCAGUAUGCAACUUCUUGGGAAUAGGAAAAUUACAGGGAAGGUAAAAUGAUGACUUUAGGAUUGACAGUUGUGUGCCUUCUGACGGAAGACAGACUGGUAAGAUCAGGGUCAUGUUAUAAAUAUUAUUAUUAUUUUUUAUAUAUUCGAAUCGUUACCAGUAGUUCCACUGAUUAUUUUGAGAUCUUAGUAUGACAGAAACUCCAAAAAGACAUGCCUACACCAAUACAAAUGUUGGUCAAAACCAUUUAUUGAAUUGAUUAUUAUGACAAUGUAAGAAAAAAAUCAUUUGAAUAUUCAUGAUUUACUAAUAGUGACAUGUAGAAAAGUUUCACUUAUGACUACAACAGUGACGUCCAAUAAACAUGAAUAUUCAUGUUGUUAUCAACAGGCACUAUUGUGCACUGUGUACCUCCUGUAUUGAUCAGUUGAGUUUAUUUCAUUUUUUGCAUCAUUACAUUACAGUACAGUACAUGAUCAUCGACACUACAAUUUCUUUCAGAGGAAGGCAGAAAAAAAAAAUUGCCAUAAGCAUCCAGAUGGACGCGAAAAUAAGAAUAAAGUUUUAUUGAAUGUUAACAGUAUAGUAAUGAGUUGGUUUAAUGCUUUAAAUUUUUAUUAUUAAGAAAUAUACACAUUUUUUUUUUAAUUUCAAGGCAGUGGUGGGAAUAUUAAAAAAAGAAAAAAAACUUGCAGUACUUUCUUCUAAAAUGUCUAUUUUUUUUUGUGGUGGUGGGUAUGCACUAAUUGGCCAAAAAUAAAUAAAUGUUAUUUUUAUUAAAAUCAUCAUUAUUGGUGGGUGGCGAGUUUGCUAGGUAUUAAAAGAGUCUCACCUAAUUGGGAACGGCUAAUUUUAUAUGAAUAUUUGGAAAUUUAAAAACUGGGUAAACUGGGUUAUUAUUACCUCAAGUUUCUCCAGAUAUUAACAAAUUUUUUUUUUUUUUUCUCCAGAGCUUUGCUUGAAAGCCAAUUAUUUUUAUACUCAACAAAGCAAUAUGGUAAUAAUGUUUGAUAUUUAUAUAGCACUUUUAACAACUGGCAGAUCAAGGAUACAUAAUUAUGCUGCACAAAAGAAGUUGAAUUGCGCCUUUGUCAACAACACCUCAUAAAUAUUUGACUUCAUGAUUUUGCUCAUGACCAUAACACUACAUUACAUAAACAUAACACUCAUUGUGAAUAUUCAUGAAUGACUGGUGGUCAAUAGAAAGAGAAUCACUAAUGGGAUAUGAUUUUUUUUUAAAUUACACUUACAGUAUUAUGAAUAUUCAUGACCAUAACCAUAGCAACUUAGUUGCUUAGAUUACGGAUACGUAAUAAUAUUUGAUAUACUGUAUAUAUAGCACUUUUAAUAACUGGACAAUCUAGGAGGCCUAAUAAUGCUAGUUUUAAAAUUAAUACUUGCUACUUGCAAUGUAAUAACUAAGAUACAAAUAGAUUACUUUUUAUCAUUAAUAAUUAUUACAAUCAAUAAGCAAUAAGCCUAUGAAUGCACAAUUCACAACAUUCUACAAUUGUAUUAAUACUGUAUGAACAAUCCAAGCUACAGUUGCUCUGUUGUGAUGUUUUUUUUAUACACAACAUGAUUACAGAAAUGGUCUUGCAUGGGUGACUAUAUUGUAAAACCUGGUUACUAAUAUAUAUGAAAUAGGUUGUUUCAGACCAUUUUAUAGCAAUAUUAAACAGUUUAUUGGAAACCAUGACAUUCACACUUAAUGUGCAAACACUUCACAGAGUAAAGGAGUGAGCGCAGGGAGGGAGAACUACACUAUGUGGGCCUCCUCCACUGGAAACUUGCUGAGUAUAAUAUAACCUUUUCUAGUUUUCCCUAUUACUGUAUUUCCUACAUUACUAACUCUAGAAAAGAUACUGCAGUCUUACUGAGUAUUCCCAAGUCAAAUGACAGUAAUAUCUUAAAAAGCAAGUAAUAACAAAAUAAUAAUACAAUACUGGUGGUAACGAUAAUGCUGUGCAUUCCACAAUCAAAUACAGAGUAAAACUCUUUAUUUGUGACAUUAAUGUAUUUCAUACACAUACACGCAGUGUUUGUUUUUCAUUAUUUCUACAUACGUUCAAUCAAGGAAGAAAUACAAACAUAAUACACAAGCAACAUAACAAAUUUUACACAGAAAAUGGACACUAUAAAUAAAAACACUAAGGUAUUAGCAUCUCUAUGACAAACAGUAUACCUCAUAUUGUUACAGUUGGAAGAUUAGUAGCACACAAGCUAUUUUAUAUUCAGUUGCUAUAAAAUUCUGAGGUAAAUUUGGAAGUUUAAUUUUGUGUAGAAAUACAACCAUGCUGUCUUAUAGCAGAAAAUACAGGUAAAAUAGUAAUAAAACAAUACUUCUAUGCACUUUGAAUAAUCAAGAAAGAAACAUACCAUAAUUCACUGAAAAAUUGUUAUCAGCUUAUGUCAGACAUAUUAGUGCACUGUAUGCAAAACCCAUCUAUGGCUCUGUACUACCAAACUGUGGCCCAGACAAUAUCAGAUUUUGUGUGGAAUUUCGUUCUCAGUAUUUUAAGACUGUAUGACUGUUUGCAGAGGGGAAAAAAUAAAAGGCAAAAUUAAAUGUUACAGGACCAUGAACCUGUCGAAAAGUACAGUGAUGGUUAUGACCAAAUUUUAUAUUCUUUUACAAAUUACUUCUUUGUUACUUAAUUGAUUUUAAUCAUGAACAAGUAAAUACAAUCUUACUUUAUUCAAUAAUAAUCAAAUUUAAAAACAAAUUUUACUUCCAACUGAUUUUAUUCUAUACAAUAUCUACUAAGCAAAAUGAAAUUCUUUUUUAUUUUUUUCAAAACCAAGAAGACUGUGAUGUAAUUUAA